AUGGCUCAAGACAGAACUUUAUACGAACGAAGUCAUGUGUUCAUCAAAGAUCGUCUACCUCAAACGGACACUCGAGACGGUUCACUCGAUGAAAUCACAGGCACAAUAACAAUUACUACUAAUGAUCGUGGUCGAUUCUUUCGAUUUCUACCUAAAGGGAUCGAAGAUAACGUUACAGAUGAUUGGGCACUGGUGAACAAUGGUCAAUCAGUCAUAUCAUUCAAAAAUUCCAAGAAUGAAAACAACGCUCUGACAUUCUCGCCGAAUCCUUUAUUGAAAUUUCGUAUUCAUUUUAAUAUCAAUACGUUGCGAAGUAUUCGUCGGCAGCAUGUGUUGCAUGGCAUUGCCAAUAUGGUCUUCGCACUCAAAGAUGGAACGACAUUUCCAACGUUUUAUUUCAAUCUUGGUGGAAGCAAAGAACUUUUGGAUUUACUUGGUCAAUUUUUACGACUGCAAAAAUCGCCAAGAGAUAAUCGAUUGUAUAUCGUCAGAGAAGAAAUUCCACAAGAAAGUCAACCACAGCCAGCCAGUGCUUAUGAUCAAUUGAAUCUAUUCGACAAUUCAAAUGAUCUAUUCAAACGGAUUAAAGGAUCUGAUUCUCGUCGAACAGCAAUUGAGAAAUUUUCUCGUGUCACUCAUUUCUUUAAAGAUGCUUUACUUGGCCAAAAUGAUAUUAUUACCAGUGGUGAACAUUCAGAAGCGAUUAUCGAACCAGACAUCACAGCAUUGAUGGAAUCAUUUAGUGAAGAAUUACGCGAAUCGAAUAACGAUGGUUUUGAAGUGAUUUACAAAGUUGACUUUAAAAAACUACCACAAGUUACACGUUAUCCUCCAUUGACAACGAAAGAGUGGAAAAUGUGCUUGGAUAAAGAUGGACGCGUGAUUGAUGUGAACAAAAUGAAAGAACGAAUAUUUCGUGGUGGAUUGGAGUCGAACGAAUUACGAAGUGAAGUUUGGAAAUUCUUGUUGAACUAUUACCCGUGGUCGUCAACAUCGGACGAACGAGUGGAAUUAGCGAAGCAAAAAGAAGCGGAAUAUUUCGCAAUGAAACUGCAAUGGAAAUCCAUGAAUGAACAGCAAAAACAAAGAAAUAAUUUAUUCAGAGAUCGCGAAUCUUUGAUUGACAAAGACGUUAUUCGUACGGACCGAACACACGUGUAUUUUCAAGGUGAUAACAAUCUUCAUCUCGAAGUCUUACAUGAUGUUCUAAUGACUUACAAUAUGUUUAAUUUCGAUUUGGGUUAUGUUCAAGGGAUGAACGAUCUGUUAAGUCCGAUAUUGAUUGUCAUGGAAAACGAAGUCGAUGCAUUCUGGUGCUUUGUUGGAUUAAUGGAACGUAUGCAACAAAAUUUUCAUAUGGAUCAGUCACAUAUUAAACGUCAACUGGGCAAUCUUCACACACUUUUGCAAUUUAUCGACGCUGAGCUUGCGAACUAUUUAGCUGAGAAUAAUUCCAGCAAUAUGUACUUCUUCUUUCGGUGGAUGUUGAUCUGUUUCAAACGGGAAUUUUCUUUUGAAGAUGUAAUGUAUCUAUGGGAGGUCUUAUGGACAGAUCAUCCGUGUGAGAACUUUGAACUAUUAGUUUGUUUGGCUAUUUUAAUAUCACAAAAAACAGUUAUUAUGGAAUCGAAGUUUGGCUGUAACGAAAUUCUCAAACAUAUCAAUGAUCUUUCACUCAAGGUUCAACUGGAACCGUUAUUAAAGCAUGCUGAAGGUCUUUAUAUUCUUCUGAAAGAUCACGAUCAGGCAACUCCUGGCCUUCCACCGCAAAUUUCGGCCAUUAUGUUUCCAAAUCAGAAUAAAAAUUUGAAAAAAUCGACUAGACAAGAUGGUCACGAUUCGGAUUCUGAUGCCACAUCUACAAUUUCUUCAGUGAAAUCCUCGCGUGGUGCAUCCCCGAAUCCUGAUGUUGAGCACAAGCCGCGAACGAGACACUUAACUGAAUCGCAUUCAAUCGAUGAAAACGAUAGUGCAGUUGUUAGUCAUACUAAGAAGCCUUGA